AAAAGAGGAAGUAGAGCAGAAGUUUCUCCAUUCACUUGGAUGUCCCUGUGGUCUCGGCCUCCAGGUAAAUGCAAAGCCCCGGAACAGCUUCCCUUUGCCAAGCUUGCGAAUCCGACUGAUGAGUAUGAGUUUCCCAUUGGGACAUCUUUGAAGUAUGAGUGCCGCCCUGGUUACCAGAAGAGAGUGUUCUCUAUCACCUGCCUACCGAACUCGGUCUGGUCAAGUGCUGAAAACAUCUGUAAACGUAAGUCAUGUGGCACUCCUGCAGAACCCUUAAAUGGCAAAAUGAUUGUAAACGGAGACACCCAGUUUGGAUCCACUGUUCAUUACGCCUGUAAUGAAGGGUGAGUUGUCCGCAGCAUCAUUGGGGAUGACAGUUCCAGAACCGUAGCACCAAUCUCUAAACAAGAGUCUUAGAAAGUCUACCUGUCCAUUUAAAACACAGCAGUAACAUUUGUAUGCUGAGGUGGUGGCUUGAAUCCAGGUAUUUAAUUACAUUUGAAAUGACUAAACAAAGAUUUGAAAAAUAGGGAAAAACUGUAUCCAUGCUAGAAACUUAGGGGUGGGCAGGAAAGAUGCCUAUUGCACACCAGAUUAGUGCACCUAAAACCCAGAGAAGCAGUCAUGAAAUGGGAAGGACCUGCUCUCUAAAGAAGCCAAUGGAACAAACAAUAGUGGAUCCGUGCAUAUAUUCUUCCCCCAAAGCAACAAGAGCUGGAGAUGGUGGACUCAGAAGUGGGGAAGAAUGAAUUGUUUAGGAUGAUGGAGCCAAUGUGAUGGACAGGCAAAUCUUGAUUGUUAUAGCCCCUCUCCAGAAAUGUACCCAGUGCAGAAAUUUGCUGUGGGCAUAUUCUUGGUUUAAGGAAAGAACUAGGGAGACUGCUUUACCUUAUACCUUAACUUAUGCGUUGUUUUCGUUAUUUAUUGCUUCCUUAAAAAGCCAU